AUGCCAACUUCGGCAAACUUGAGACCCCCCGAAGUGCAAACGCGACACUCUCACACCGGCCCCUCCCGCCACAGCUCAGGGCAGCUUGUUUUGGGGUGGGGAGGUGUCCAGACGCGACCACAAGCCGGCAGCCGCGCAGACCAGCAGGCGUCCCCGGCCGGCAGCGCCGGAGUCGCCCGGGGACAAAAGCCGCCGUCGCCGCGGCCAAGGCAGAGCCGGAGUCUCCCGCCGGAGUCUCCUGAGCUGCCGGAGCCGCUGAAGGCCGAGGCGGCCGCCCGGCCAGAACGCGCGACGGGAGGAGGCGCAGCCCGCGAACGGCCCUUCUCUGCCGGCGCCGAGGCUCCCCCGCGCCCCGCCGGCCGCCCUGCGCAAAUACCUGCUCCGUCCUCCGGCCGCCGCGAGGCUCCAGCGCUGCGGCUCAGCCCGCUCAGCCCGCCAGCCGGGAACAAAAGCCCCACCGCGCCCCAGCAACCGGGAUCCCGCCCUGCCGGAGAGGAAGCCCCGCCGCCGGCGGCUCGGGGAGGGGGCGGGGCGGGGUCUCCGCCUCCCCUGCCUGGGACCCCCCCGGGAUCGCCUGGCCAGGCAGGGGGGCGGCGGGCGGGUCCCCUUCCCGCCAGCCAAGAAGCCGAGAGAGGGGCGGGGGCGGGCUUUCCCCGAGACCCCGCCCGCCCUCGGGACCGCAGCGGCAGCGCCGGGGAAGCCCCUCUGCCCGCAGAAGCCAGUCCGCCGGGCAAGACCAGCCAGCCGCGGAGGGGCCGACGGGGAGGGCGCGGCGUCGGGGUCCUCUUCGGGGCUGGCGGGUCUUCCGAGCCGCCGGACCUGCAAUCCGGUUCACGGAACGCGGGAAAGCGCGGCGGUGGGGAGAGCCAGCGAGCGGUGGGGGGCCCGAGGCCUUGCGCCUCCCCCGUCGGAGGGGCUGGCGGAGAGAGGCGAGGACAGGUCAGGGCCGCCCAGGAGCCUCCGCGCUGCAAGCGAGCUGCAAGGCCGGGAAAGGAGCGCGACGGCUCCGGGCAAGAGACGCAAUUCCGGGAGCUCCCGCACCCCCCGCAGCAGCCCCGCGAACAUCUCCGCCACGGAAGGCGAGGGCCGAAGGGGCGGCUCCAGGAGCUGCCAGGGGCUCCCGCAAUGGAGAGUGGGGCUCUUGCCAAGAGGGCCUAG